CUCGCGCGGCAUAGCCUUCGCAACAACGAAACAAGUCGAGCAAGAUGGCGGCUUGUCCACCUCUCGCGAAGUCCAGAAACGAUCUUCGUCCGCCCGCCGGUGCCAAGCCAGAAGUCCCAGGCUGGGCCAAGAAUGACCACGUCUUGAAGAACUGGAUCACUGAGGAGAGGCUGCGACGGAGGACCUUCUUAGCUGACCAGGUUUUGGAGUCGUACGAGCCGAUUGCGGAGCCGCACAAAACGAACCGGUUAUGGAGGGCGAUACGGCAACCGUUUUGGAAUCUGCUCUGGCCGGUCAAUGAAGCCACGGGUUACAGGCUCUUUCAUGGGAUCUUCACGAUGAAACGGUUCUUCACCGUCAUAGUGCUACCAAUGUGGGUUGUGCAUUAUAUUGUCAAGUACCACGUUGCUCCUAUCCCAGGAAGAGUGGUGCAUUCAAAGCUGCCAAUUUAUCCGGGUGAUGAAGAAAAGACAGAAAGCUAGAACGUCCUUCACUUCAGUCUUCAGUUUGCUGUUUGCAUGUUUGCAGUUAGGAGUCAGUGGAGUUUGUACAGAGAAGAGCCAACUUCAAAUUUAUGAAUAAUUUUUGAUGCAGUUAUUGAGUGUUUAAUCCUUACCCUCCCAAUUCCCUUCAAAAUCCACCAGAUUUUGAAGGAUUGAGGAAGGUGAAGCCCAGGCACUAGUAUUUUACAUAGGACUUGAUGCCUUUUAAGUACAAGGAAAGUGCCCAUGCAUUCUUGCAAAGUGGUGGAUUUUGGAGGAUUGAGGAAAGUGUGAUCUAAAUUUUUUUUUUAAAUGUCAGUAGGAUUACAGUUUCAGUGAUUGCAUAAUUGGAAAAGAAAGACAAUUUUGGAAUACAUGCUGGCAAGAUCUGGCUGUUGGGUCCUUUUUUUUUUAGUUCUGCGUUUUUGUUAAUAAAUACUAGGGUAUUUUUUAAUCGGAGAAAAAAAGUGGAAUUUCAGUGUUCUCAAGCUGUUAACAUUUACAAUCGAUUGAAUCCAAAAAUAAGGGAAUUAUAAGCAUGUACCAUCAACCACCUUUAUAUCCAGUAACAAGUUGCAGUUUGAUGUGAAUAAAAAAGGUUAUUUACAAUGUACUUGA